GCACACUUUGGAAGUGCUGCGGAGCUGGGAUACGGGAUACCCCAAACGGAGCGCGGGUGAAUCCUUCAUGAUCUGCGGGAUUCUCUACGUCACCAAUUCCCACCUAGCCGGCGCCAAGAUUUAUUUCGCUUAUCACACGAACACUUCCAGCUACGAAUACACGGAUAUCCCCUUCCAUAAUCAGUAUUCCCACAUUUCCAUGCUGGACUACAACCCACGGGAGAGGGUGCUCUACACCUGGAAUAACGGCCACCAGGUCAUCUACAACGUCACGCUCUUCCAUGUCAUCAACACGGCCGGAGAGCUGUGAUGGACAUUCCCAAGGGGAGAGAGAAUUCCCAGCUUUUUGUUUUUUACGCUUCCACGCUUCCCCUUUACCGUCCUUGCAAUUCCAGAGGGACGCAGUGACGAGGUGGAAAUUCCCAGUUCUCUGCGUGUCCCACACUGAAAUUCUGCUUUAUUCCCAUUAUUUUGUACCUAUGUUGCAUUUCCCCUCUUUUCCCCCCCCUUUUUAUCUUUUUU